CCAUCACUCCUUAAGUCAUGACGCUGCGGACAGGGCAAACCCUCCAAGGGGCGAAAGGAGUGUAUAAACUAUUACAUCCACUGAAAGGCUCCACUGUCUUCAAGGCUAGGAUAUUAUCUAGCCCUUCGACACAAGCACAAUGGGCUAUCGUUAAGACCGCAAACACUGCCGUGGAGAAAAUGUGUCUAAGACGAGAGCACCGUAACUAUACGGUUUCCGAAAUUGCGAGCAGUCCAUAUAUUCGAGCGAUGUAUGACACUAUACAAUUGAAUGAGCACGGAGAGGACCCACCAUGCUUAGUAUUUGAAUGGACGGACCAAGACUUACGAUCUAUACCUGCGCCUACGCUUAGAAGCAAUUUGAACCUGCCAAAGUUUGUGUCAAGGGCGGUCCUGUCGGCCCUGCAGGCUUUCAAGACGGUCAAUGCCGUUCAUACAGGCCGGUCGUUAUACGUCAAUCCAAAUAACAUUUAUGUUACUGGCGUCGACAGCAGUGACCCGAUCGUUAAAUUGGGAGAUUUAGGAAACGCAAUCAGGGCCGGUGUUGCACAACAGCGUCUACAAAGUCUACCGUGUCGAGCGCCGGAGAUCUGGCGGGGUCAUCCAUGUCAGCACUCUUCAGAUGUCUGGUCAGUUGGGGCUACUCUGACGACUAAAUUAUCGGGACUUCCCCUGUUCGGUGCAGGUGACAAGAUAAUAGAAGGUGAAACUGAAGCAUGGUGUAUUGCGAAGAUCAUCCGCCUCGUAGGACCUCUGGGUGAACCUAUUGAAAAUCAGGCUUACAAAGAUGAGUUUGAGUUCGCAAAACAAUUGGCGAUAAUGGACCACCCUCACGGUACUAUGAAGCUUAUCACUAGACGCCAUUGGCGAGAAGAGUUGGAGUCAAUUCCUGACCCUCCGAUCUUGAAGGAACUCUUGGAUUUCAUUGAGUUCAUACUAAUUGUGGAUCCUAUUAAAAGACCCACAGCCUCUGAAGCACUGCUUCAUCCGUAUCUACAGCUAGUGGCAGAAGUAUGAUACAUUUCCAUUUGUUCUCUAUCUAUCAUAGCUUGACGUGUAAUUACAGUAGCGUCAACAUCCCAGUCAUCGGACUUUACAAGCAGGGGACUAUCUUUGGGGACAUGGCAGCCUCGAUUAAUGUCAGCAGUGAACUCGAAUAUGCCAUAUCCAUAGCCGAUGGACUCAGCUGUUGUUCCAAAAGGGUUUCUCCGACUAACGU